CCACGCGGCAGUGGGUGCGCCUGCCUCCCCCUCCCUCUCCUGUGACUGUGACGGAGGAGGAGGAGGGCCAUUGCCUUGUGUAUGAUCCCGUCGUGUCACCGCACUACGAGGUGGUGCUCAUACACUUGCUUCCUCGACUGCUGCUUGCUGCGGACUCGGAAUGGCCGCCGUCGCCGUACACGACGCACGUCUUCUCGUCGAGGAGCUGGAGGUGGGAAGAGAGGUCCUUCGUCCGCCAAGGGGUGCCCGCAGGGACUAUUGCCGACAAGCUCCCCGGAAGCCGACUAUAUAUACGAACGCCACUCCGUCUAUCUGCGGGGGAAACUCUACGUCCACUGCCAAAACCAUACUGUCAUGAGGAUGAACUUGUCAAAUAACAGUUACCGAGUGAUUAAAUGCCCCACAGUGAGCCAAAUGGCUGGUGUUGGUGUUCUUUCCUUGGGGAAAUCGGAGAGAGGGGUGUACUCUGGAGUACCUUGGAACGAUGGAUGGCCCCGAUUUCAAGUGUGGUUUCUUAACGAAUCAAGCGAGCAGAUGGAGUGGAUACUGAAGAGCAACAUCAGCCUCCAAGCAGUGCUACAAAAUUUCCCCUUAUUAAGUAAUCACAACAUUAUUUACGGCAGCUGGGCCGUUACCUCUAAUAAAUCUAUAAAUGAGCAUGUGGAGCGAGCAGGGGCUCAAGAGGAAUUUGAAUGGGACUCGGACGAUGGUGUUCUUCUUGAAACCAAAGAUGAUGACGAUGGAACAUACUACAACCGACAAACAUCUUUCCUCGGAUUUCAUCCUUUCAAAGAGAUUGCCUUCUUUAGGGUAUCACGCUCGAGAGUGGUAUCUUAUCACUUGAACACCUUAUACGUUCAAUACCUAGGCAUACUAAAUGCACAUUCAGUAUAUAAGUCAUUUCCAUACACAUCCUGCUGGAUGGGGGAGUUACGUGAAAACAAUUAGCAUUUGGGGGAUUUGUAUUGGUUUGGAACAAUAUAUGUCAUGUAUAUGAUCCGCUGUUUUCAUCAUUCUUCCAUAUAAAUAUUAUAUUGAUUCCUACCGUACUUGUGGUAA